GUCGCUCAUUUGAGUGGAAAGACCGAAAACAGAGAUACGACCAGCCAGCAGGCAGGCAGGUCUGGUAUGAUAGGUAACCCACAUGCCUUUAACAAGGACCGCAAAGACCCCGAUACACCUUGUCUCCCCAUUUGCACCUAAAUUUCACCAAAGAUCUCCCUAUGAAGAAUUAGAGGAGCCUCUUCACCCAUCAAACAACAAUCAAGGCCGUAAUAACAGCCACAACUCCAUCGCCACUAACAGCCUCAACCUAGGAGGAGGAAAAACAGCACGAGGGGUAGCAGGAGAAGGCGCUUCCAGACCGAGAAGCGCGGGCAAGAAAAAGCCGAGAGCAUCGCCUAUAGGAACAGCUGGUCUCAAAGUAGGAAUCGAGAUGUCGCAAAUAUCGUCCGACUAUUCGAGGACCCAAUCCCCCGCAAGCUCCGCAUUCCCAGCCUACUUUCGCCGAGACAGGAAUACGCUCGCUGUUGAGAGUCUACCAGAAUUGCCAAAUAGCGACGCCUCUCACAGCGAGCAUAAUCACAGGGAGGAGGAAGGCAGGCGAGAUUCGGGAGGAGGAGAAAAAAAGAAGGAUGCCGUUUUCUACGCUCCGAUUCCCGAGAAACAAAAGUUGGGGUAUUUGUCUACGGCUGCACUGAUCAUAAAUAAGAUGAUUGGUACUGGGAUAUUUUCUAAGCCCUCUUCGAUAUUGAGGAAUACGGGGUCGAAAGGAGGGGCGCUGUUUCUUUGGGUUACUGGUGGGGUUAUGACGCUUACUGGGUUAUUCGUUUAUCUAGAAUUUGGCGUUGCUUUACCAUUCAAUGGCGGUGAAUUGGUCUAUCUAGACGAGGCAUACGCACGCCCAAGGUACUUUGCGAGUUGUAUGUUUGCCAUCUUCUUCGUCUUGCUGGGAAACACCGCGGCAAACACAAUUGCCUUCGCAAAGCAUAUGCUGGUAGCUUUCAACGACAAAGAGCCUGUCCCAGAUUACCGACUGCAAAAGUUUGUAGCGUUAGUCUGCAUCACGUUCAUAUGUCUCAUCCAUCUGUUCUCGCGCAAGAUGGGAAUCUUCAUCAACAAUGCAUUGGCAGUGUACAAGGUUGCCCUGCUCCUGUUCGUGGUGAUUUCAGGGUUCGUAUGCCUGGGCGGUGGUGGGGGCGGUGAUCAUAAGGGCCCUUACGGGGCAGAGAAUCUUAAGGAUGCGUUUGAGGGAAGCUCUGGAUCGCCGUAUCAUUAUGCCAGUGCGAUGUUGGGCGUGCUGUAUAGUUAUCAAGGCUGGGAGAAUGCGAAUUAUGUUCUCGCAGAGGUCAAGAGGCCGCGAGGGCAUGAGUCUAGGACUUUUAAGCGUGCAGCUUUGGUGGCGUUCACAGUAGUCACUGUAUUGUAUAUUCUUGCGAACGUCGCAUAUUUUGCCGCCAGCACCACGGAUGAAAUCAUGAAAGAUGGUGUCACCGUCGCCGCCAGCUUCUUCAUAAAAGUAUUUGGCGACGGACCCUUGGUAACUAGAGGUCUUAAAGUCCUCAUUGCUCUCUCCGCCUUCGGAAACGUCGUCGCGGUAACAUACGCAAAUGCUCGAGUCAAGCAGGAAAUCGCGAAGCAGCGAAUUCUACCAUUCUCGGCGUUCUGGGCAAGCACCAGUCCAUACGGGACCCCAGUUGGCGCUCUUAUCCUGCACUGGAUAUUCACCGUGAUCGUUAUUGUAGCAGUACCUAAUUACGGAGCCCAGGAUGAAGCUUACAACCUGGUUAGUGUCUUGUUCACAUACGGACACACCUGGAUUGGAAUCUUUGUAUCCCUCGGUCUGAUCUCCCUCCCCUUCCACGAAAAAUUCAGAGAGUGGCGACCCGCCGUCGUGAGCAUCAGGAAGUUAUACGGAUUAGUAGCCCUCUACAUAACCCUCAAUAUCUUCGUUAUAGUCUUAAUCUGGUGGCCCGACCCCAAUGCUAAAAUUAGCUCCUACGUCGCUCCCUCAGUCGGGACCUCCGUCCUCGGCUUUGGUGUGCUGUAUUGGGUUGGUUUCGCGAAGAUAUUGCCCGCGUUAGGGUAUCAUAUUGAUUCCGAGCCGGAUGAAUUAGUUGAUGGGAGUCGGGUUGUUACCUAUAAGCGUUAUAAGACUGGCCCGGCAUUAGUGGUAGCUGAUUGGUGGGAGCGAACAUUUCAGAGGCAGAACCUAUGAUUUGAGUCAUCCAAUUACACGGAGUAGGGUUUUCGGGUAUCCUUUUUCUUCUUCUUCACCUUAUGGAGUUGAUACACAAAAAAAGGUCCUGUCUGGAUUGGAUGGUUGGUCGUUUUUGACCGCUGUUAAUUUUUUUCAUUUUCUUUCAUUAAACUUUCUUUCCUCCUUUGUAACUUAGCUCCCCUUGCCUACUCGGAUACCCGCGUCACUGUAUUGUACAAGUCUACUACUGUUUUAUUUGCACAAAUUCUGUACAACAGUUCCCAUCUUUCCAUUUCAUCAAUGCUCCAGGCACGAAACGUCUA